CCGUACUUUACCCAUGGCACAAAUCAAUAGGUUAUGAUAUCUUUAGCCCCAGACACAGGAGGCCAAUUUGGUUGAUUCACCCAAGAUAGCUGAAGUGAAGUGGGAUGUAUAAUGGAGUUAGUAUUAGAAUUUAGAGAACAGAGAGCUAUAGCUUCAGCUUCAGCUUCUAUUAUCAUUAUUACUGCAUACUAGUUCAGGUGUUGUUUCAGUACCAAAACCCGAGACAGGAAUUGCAUCUCAGCCUUUCUAUGCUCUUGCUGGCUUCAUCAUCCACUAUAUUAUGAAGAUUAUGGAGAAUAGACAGUGAUAAAGGGUGCCUCAGUCUCAGCUGGCUAUGGAGGAUCUAGAUCAGAAGGAGACCGCACCCACCACUGUUAGCAUGUAUUCUAAGAAGGAGCUUUUUUCCACUGCCCUGAAGAGAACCAGUGAAUGGAUUUUCUCACAGGAGAUCCCAAGUGAUGUUACCAUUCAAGUUGGAGGAAGCUCUUUUUCCUUGCAUAAGUUCCCAUUAGUCUCUAAGUGUGGAUAUAUAAGGAAACUGGUAUCUGAGUCUAGUGAUGCUGAUCUUUCUAUCAUUGAACUCCAUGGAAUUCCGGGUGGGGAAGAAGCAUUCGAACUUGCAGCUAAAUUCUGUUAUGGCAUAAAUUUUGAGAUGACAACAGAAAACAUUGCUGUGCUCCGAUGCGUGGCAGAGUAUCUAGAGAUGACUGAGGACUAUGCUGUUGGAAACUUGGUGGGAAGAACUGAAGCUUACUUGAAUGAAGUGGCGCUUAAGAGCAUCGCAGGGACGCUUUCUGUUUUACGUAUGUCAGAAAACCUCCUUCCAAUUGCAGAGAGGGUAAAAUUGGUGAGUCGAUGCAUAGAUGCCAUUGCAUAUAUAGCCUGCGAAGAGAGCCAGUUCUGCUUUUCAAGUAGGGCUGAGAGUAUCAAUGAGGGUACAAUUUCUUCUUCUGUAUCUCACUCAAAGGCCAUUGUUGAUUGGUGGGCAGAGGAUUUUAUUGUUCUUAGAAUUGAUAUUUUCCAACGAGUUCUGGUUGCAAUGAUAGCUAGAGGUUUUAAACAUUACGCUCUUGGUCCAAUACUAAUGCUCUAUGCACAGAAAUCCCUCCGAGGUUUGGAAAUCGUUGGAAAGGGAAGGAAGAAAAUUGAGCUACGACAAGAGCACGAAAAGAGGGUUGUGUUAGAAACAAUAGUGAGUCUGUUACCAAGGGAAAAGAAUGCAAUAUCUGUUAGCUUUCUGUCUAUGCUGCUUCGAGCUGCAAUAUAUCUAGAGACAACAGUUGCUUGCCGGCUUGAUUUGGAGAAGAGGAUGGGCAUGCAAUUGGGCCAGGCUGUUUUGGACGAUCUCUUGAUUCCUUCUUAUUCCUUUACUGGGGACACGUUGUUUGAUGUGGACACAGUGCAGCGGAUCAUGAUGAAUUUCCUAGAAUUCGAAAUCGAUGGGAGUCGGUUGGGCUACAAUGCAGAUGAUCAUGACUAUGUUUCUCCUCCACCUAGCAAUAUGGAACGGGUUGGGAAGCUAAUGGAGAACUACCUUUCUGAAAUAGCCUCCGAUAGAAACGUAUCCGUUACAAGGUUCAUCGGUCUUGGUGAACUCAUCCCUGAACAAUCGAGGGUAACAGAAGAUGGGAUGUACAGAGCCAUAGACAUCUACCUAAAGGCUCAUCCCGCAUUAAGUGACAUGGAGAGAAAGAAAGUUUGCAGCUUGAUGGACUGUCAGAAACUAUCUCGGGAGGCCUGUGCACAUGCUGCUCAGAAUGACAGGCUUCCCGUUCAAACCGUGGUUCAAGUUCUUUAUCACGAGCAACAACGCCUUAGAGAUGUCAUGAAUGGUGGCCUCACGAGUGCAGAUUCUCCUGCACUUCCUUCAAAGUUAAACUUAUACCCCAGUGCUGAUAUCCCCCCAGUCUCGGAAGAGCUAUCCAGCCUCCGGAGAGAGAAUGAGGACUUGAAAACAGAGAUGAUGAAGAUGAAAAUGAGACUGAAAGAUAUUGAAAAGUCGGCGGCACUUGGACCAUCUGUAAGUACUCCAAUGAGAAAUGCUAUGAAAUCAGCGGAUAAACCGCCUCUGCCUCGAAAAUCAUUCAUAGGCAGCGUGUCCAAAAAACUUGGGCGUCUUACUCCUUUCAUACGAAGUGAUGGUGCCACACCUGGUCGGACAAAACCCGGCAAAGAUCGCCGGCACUCCAUUUCUUAAGAUAUUAAUUGCUUUGUUUGUAACACUCGAAAAGGGGAUUAGCAUAGAGAUGAACAAACACUCGACAAAAACUCAUUACUAGAGUGGAGAUAGAGAUGGACUCUCAAGUGUUUAUUAAUUAGAUCAAAUCUUCUCCUUGUGGUGUUUGGUACC